AGCAGCACAAUUUUGAUUUUAAAUAAUGUUUCGUUGUUAUUUUCGUCGUAUUCCCCUGUUAACAAACUCCGUGGAUAAACACUUUUUAAAUACCUUAGCAAAAAAAGGGAAUAUACUUGAAAGCUAUUUAAGCGUUCUAGGAAAAGGCGUAGAUUAUAUUGGAAUUCAUGGACCAACGGCAGAAGAGAUCACGAAAGACAUUGACUUAUCGAACAAGACAUGUUUGAUCACUGGCGCUAACAGUGGUAUCGGACUGGAGAUGACGAGAUGUCUGAGUACCCGCGACUGCACAGUGCUGAUGGCUUGCCGAAACCCUUAUGCGGCUAACAUAGUCGCCAGAAAUGUUUGUGGAAAUAGCCAUCUGCUAAAACUAUACGAGAUUAAUCUUGCUUCUUUACGAUCGGUAAAAAAAUGCUCUAACGAGAUCCUGAAUGACCAAAGAAAGAUUGACAUCGUGAUUUUGAACGCGGCUGUUUUUGGAUUACCAUGGACCCUCACAGAAGACCGUUUAGAAACAACAUUCCAAGUGAAUUACUUAAGCCAAUAUCUUCUUCUCAUGAAUAUCGAAAAGAUACUUGCUCCUGAUGCCAGAGUAGUCCUUGUGUCUUCGGAGUCGCACAGACACGUAAGCUGGGACUUCACCCACCAGUUGUCGCCCACCGAAGAAAUGGUAUCCCUGCCUAAGCAUGAGUACACUUCAAUCAGAGCAUAUAACAUUUCCAAACUGUGCGGCAUACACUUCAUGCAUUAUCUAGCUUACCGUUGGUUGAAGACUGAUAAGACAGUGUUCUGUGCUCAUCCGGGAUCCUUCAUCAAAACGAGGCUGUGCCGGAACUGGUGGCCUUACGAGGCGCUUUACACAAUUAUGAUACCCUUCUCUAAGACAAUUGCGCAAGCAGCUAGCACACCACUGUAUUGCGCAACUUCACCAGAACUGAAGGGUAUGUCUGAUGCAUACUACAAGGACUGCAAGCGUAGCGAGGAAAGUGAACUGGCGCAGAACUUACAUCUGUCAUUUAGAAUUUAUGAUUUGACAAGAGAGUUGCUCCACGACCGCAACGUAGCCAAGGACGAACCCAUCAGGGUUGAGGAGGUCGUCGGCUAUCAAGAACCGACCAAACAUGCUAUUGAUGAGAGCAUGGUCGCCAACCUGAGCGGUUAAUGUCGUUCCUAUGCUAGUUUAAAUUAUUUACUUCAUUGUCUUUACUUUCUCUUGGUUAUUUAGAAUUAAAAACGAUAUUCUGAACAAUAA